CCCAUUGACACUUCGAGACCCUCUGUCAACCCUUCAAAUCAACUCCCCACCUUAAUACCGUCAUAAUGGUUGUCUACUACCAGAUCGCCGGCAAGAAGGUCGGCUCUCACGUUGUAUGUGCCGUCCUUUAGCUGUGUUUGCUCCCCUCCUUCGGUCCGAUUGUCGGUCGGUUGAACCACCGUCAAACACACGUCACGUCACCAACGAAACUACACUGUGAAGGUAUACAAUGCUAACGAGGUGAUGAUACAGCUCGCCAUGGGCGUCCUCGGUAGCACUUUCGCUGGUGCCUUCCUCUCUACCCGCGGCGGCAGCAAGGAACAGCAGCAGAAGCAGCAGGGCCCCCCUGUUCAGGCCGGCUCCAAAGACGAGGAGGAUUUCAUUCAGAAAUUCCUGCAAUCAGCGGACGGCGGCGACCAAAAAGCCCAGCACUAAAA